GGGGAGUCAUUCGGCCAAUUGCCGCGUUCGGUGGUGGAGAGGCCCAGGCGCUCAGGCCGGGAGCGGAGAAGCGGCCGAGCCCUGCGGGACGAGCUGUGCCCAGCGGCGGGGGGGCCGGCCCUGGACAUGCCGGUCCGCACCGAGGCCAGCAGCACGGCCUCCGGCUCCUCGUCCCUCAUCCCGCCACCGCCCAUUAACACGCAGCAGCCCGGGGUGGCCACCACCCUCCUGUACAGCGGCUCCAAGUUCCGGGGACACCAGAAGAGCAAAGGCAACUCGUACGAUGUGGAGGUGGUGCUGCAGCACGUGGACAUGGAGAAUGCUUAUCUGUGUGGAUACUUGAAGAUAAAAGGCCUUACUGAGGAGUACCCAACCCUCACCACUUUCUUCGAAGGGGAGAUAAUCAGUAGGAAACAUCCUUUCCUAACAAGAAAGUGGGACGCCGAUGAAGACGUGGACAGGAAGCACUGGGGGAAGUUCCAGGCUUUCUAUCAGUACGCCAAAACCUUUAAUUCCGAUGACUUUGGAUUCGAGGAACUGAAGGCUGGAGACUACGUCUUCAUGAGGUGGAAGGAACAGUUCCUGGUGCCCGAUCACACAAUCAAAGACAUCAGCGGCGCUUCCUUCGCCGGCUUCUACUACAUUUGCUUCCAGAAGUCGGCGGCAUCCAUAGAGGGAUAUUAUUAUCACCGGAGCUCAGAAUGGUAUCAGUCUUUAAACCUGACCCACGUCCCAGAACACAGCGCACCCAUCUACGAAUUUCGGUGACAGAAGUCCUGACCUCGCCACCUCCUCCCCCACAGACAGAACGGAGCUGUCCGCACCGACACCCGCUCUUUUCUUUUCUGUCAGAGACUAGGAGAAGAAUGUAUGAGUGUUAAAGCAACGACGCGUGCAGCAGCAGCAGCGUCCACUCUGUGCGCAGUUUUUAUUUUAAUCUGCUGGGUUUUCUUUUUCAUUUUAAUUAAUAUUUUUUUCUUUUUUUUUCUUUUCCUGCUUGACAUUAUUGCUCCGGCUUUGUCCCCCCCCACCCUAAACCAUGGAUCCCUAAUAAACGCCGUAGUCCUGUAGCUGGCAGAAUCGUGACCACAGACCGCUGCAGGAGGGGGUCGGUUCUGAGAUGAGACGUAGCCUCAUAGAACGCAUAUGACACUCCAUCUUGGGGGAUCACGCCAAUAUUACAAUAAUCCUCAGAUCUAUGGGUUCCCCUCUUCCCCACCCCCAAUGUCAAAAGGAGAAAGUUUUUCCGUACUGCAAUACAUUUCCCCGUUUUCACAUUGAAAGCGGAAAAUGUCAGAUUUUUUUUUAUAUCUAUAAAUAUAUAUUAUAAAUACACAUAUAUUUAAUCAAAAAAAUAAAAAGUAUAUAUCUAUGGAAGCCUCCGGAGAGCAGACUGAGCUGAAGAAGAUUCGGUUUUCCGUAUUUUGUGGCGGCCUAUUUUUCCAGGGUAUACUUUAACGGGUGACGGAAUCGGAUUCCCCCCUCCCCCCCCCCCCCCCCCCCCCUUUGCUUGUUUCUUCUCAUUAAAUUGCGUAUAAUCCUGCUUUUCCAGUGCAAAGCGAAGGUGGGGGGAGGAAAUGAAAUAAUAAAACCUAUUAAAAAAAAGGCGCCACCUGCUGGCAGACUGUGUUCAUAACAAGCGCCACCGCCAUGGACUUUUUAACGCAAGUGACUGGUUUUUGCGCGAGGAAAUGUUUGGAGGAGUUGUCGUAUUUUGCUGUGUGUCAUGGAUUAAAGCGUGGCUGAUUCCCGAGAGCGCUCAAGACUUCCCGCGUAUCCCGUUGUCGCUGCACAUUUACUGAGAAACACUUUUUUUUAUUUUUUUUUUUUUUUGUUUUUGUUUUUUUGAUUUUUUUCUCUUCCCAUCAAAACUAAAAAAAAAGUUGCAACCGCAAAGAGAAAAAAAAACCUCUUGCUGUUACACUGCUGACUUGCUGCUUCAAUGUUUCCUUUACCUGCAAACAAACACACAAAAUUAGAAUGGAUUGAAAAUUUUAAUUUUUUUUCUUUUAUUUUUUUUUUCUUUCUUGCAUAGAAGGGGCAGUGUACAGUAUUGUUUCAACAAGAAUGAAUUUGCUAUUUUGACUUUUUCAUUGUAUCAAAUGCACAAUAAAAUGGUGACAAUAAUUUGGAAGGGGA